AUUUCAGAAGCAUCAGGCACCAUUUAGAGACCUAUUUGAUUUGCCCAAGAAAAUCCACUUCAGACGUAUUUCGUAAAUAAAUAGAAAUAUAUAACAAUUUCACGAACAAAAUACGCGAGGUCCACGUUAAAAUACAGCAUCAAUAAUGAGCAGACUUGUAUUUCACACCAAUAAUACGGGCCGUAAAGCUGUUUUGUCUAUUUUGAAAGUAUCAUUAUAAACGUGUUUAAGUUGAUCAAGUUCGGCGUCUGUGGAUAUUGUGAAAGAUACUGUUUCUGCGCUUCAUAUAAAUCCUUUAUGUCAAGUCCCGAAAUUAGUUUUCGUAAUAACGCCAAUGUGAAAGCCUAUCAUGAUGGUAUUUUUCCACCAAAAUGUAAAGUGUCUUCAAAAAUCCUAAUUAAACAGCAUUUGAAUGCCCAUUACAGGAAUAUUCAGUCCGUAAAAGGUAAAUUUCUGCAUAUAGUACAGCUUUCUAAAGCAUACGUCGACAAUACGGCACCUUACUCACUCUCACACAAUCCAACCAGUGAGUUCACUUUACUUUUCACGUCUCAGCCAAGGGUUAUCGAAAGUCAUCCAAAGCAGCUGAUAAAAGACCACUUUCAACCAGACCAGAAACAAAUAGUCGCUGUAAUUCGAUUGCUGUAAAAUCUUUUUAGUUUUGUCACAUAUGUUUAGAUAAACACGUUUUCAGAUAAUCCUGAAGUUGAUGAGAUUGUCAGAGUUGUGCUGGGUAAUUGCGAUGAACUUAUGGAACCACUUGGAUUAGGUGAGCAUCAUUCAGAAGUUGUCGGCAAUAAAAGUACAUGCGAAAAAUGUAAUUGUUCAGAUGGAGAGCCUAUAAUCUUGCGAAAAUUGGAUGUAGAUUGCCUUAGCACUAAAACUUCUCAUCGAAGGCAAUCAUUGAGCAAUGACGUUUUAGAUAUCUACCGGGAUAAGUUUACCAGUCCCAAACUAUUUUCUCCAAGAACAAUGAAAUCAAGUGUCCCGUCUAAACUUAUCAGUCUACGAUGUUACAAUCCACCUAAAAGGACUGGUCGUCGUCAGCCUGAUUCAAAAGUUCAUUUGGAUGUUAAAGCUGUAAUACACUCUAAAAAACUAGCCGAAGCCUGUAAAACAAAUUCAGGUUUGGAAGCAAUUGACAGUGCUAAACACGAAGAAUCGAAUACACUUAGAGAAGAAACCACUUUCUCUCAUUUAAACAGGAGAAUGUCUAAUUAUUCCCCUAAAAAUAUUCUGCCAUCUCAUCACAGACGUAUUUCACGGAGAAAUCGACAAAAUCAAUCGAUGCCUGCUGAGAAUAUUGAUGGACUGAAUAAUUUUGGUAAAGUUAAACAGUGGUUAAACACACUACCUGGUAAUAGUGCUGUUCAUAAACCAGAGAUUGUUACAUCUACGCAAUGUGAUGAAGAGAAAGUGGAGAAGUCGGUUGCUGAGAAAAAAGUUUAUAUAGAUAAUACAGAUAAACAAAUGUUGAGUAAACCGAUUGAGAAUGAAGCAUCGAUUGAAAAUUUAAAGAAUGAAGUCAACUAUUUGAAGUUUAUAUCUUCUGUUACGGACGAUGUAUUAACACGUGGCGUUCUUACUGAUAAAAAUGUCAAUACUAUUCUACAUGAACAUGAAACUAAAAAUGAAUAUGGACUGUCAAAAGAUCAAAUCAAAAAAGCACUUCAACAUAUUAGAACACAAUUAAAUGUAACGAAUGAAGUGACAACUACUACCCCACUUACUCCUGACAUAAGUCAUUUACUGAAUUCCAGUUCUUCAGGAUUAUUGUCCCAUGGUAAUGAGACGAUGAUAUAUAAUGUUGAAAAUGAAAAGAGUUAUGUACAACAACAACAACGACAACAUCAAAACCAACCAACUGUCAGUUAUAAGACCAUAUUAGAUAUUAAACCAUUAUGUCGAUCUACUUCGUCGUUAUUGUCGGUACCUUGCAAUCAAAGUCACCAGUCAACAACACCGACAACAACGACAACUUCGAUAACUAUUAGACCAAAUCAAAGCAUCAACAUACCAAUAGAUGCUCAGGAAGUAUUCCAACGUUUAAUGAAUACAAAUGACACUGAUGCAAUGGAUGGAAUAAAUAAUAAUAUAUUAUUUCAACAUGAUUAUGAAUUACAAAAAGAUAAAUAUUCAGUUAAUCAAUACCAAAAUGUUAAUGUAGAAAAAUUGGUUGGUAAACAGAAUCUAUCAUUAAACAGAUAUGACACUAAUAAUGAAUGUAAUGAAGCAUAUCACAAACAUCAAUUAGAAGACGAGAUUAAUGGAGACACAAAGUAUUAUGAAAAUACUUUAAAUAACCAAUUUAAUGCUUUAUUGGUUUCUAAUACUACCACCAAUUCAACUAUUGCAACAAAUAAUAAUUCCGUCAAUUCACUGAAGAUAAUACAACAAACAAAAUCGAAUGAAGCGUUUAAUAAUUUGCAGAUUCAAUAUGAUCCUGUAGAUGCAAAAAAUCACUUGAUCAAUGGUAAUGAUGACGAUAACAAUCAUGAAAAUAAUGAAGAAAAGCGUAAUUCACGUCAGAAUCAUGUGAAAUUUGCAUCAGAAGCUGAAUUUUUCUCGCCUUCAUACUGUAGUGAACAGGCGACUUCAAUAAGUAGUUUCACUGAUUUAUCUCAUCUAUCUAACUUCACUACUACUAGUACUACUAUUAAUAUCACAACAACAACAACAACGACAACAAAAACUACUACUGUCAAUAUUAGUCCUAGUAUAACUGAUACUACUGAGUUUGAUCUAUACAAUUCACCUGAAACAAUUACUAAAAUUUCAAAAAAGUCGUCUUUACAAAUUUCUGACAAAGACAUAGAUAACAUUGAUAAUCUUGAAAUCUAUAAGGAUCUUUUAAAAACCCCAGUAACAGUUGAUUUAGAAACCAAAGAGGAUAAAAACAAAGAAUAAGAAAUAUUAUAUAAUAGAUGAUUAUUUAUUUUC